AUGGCUGGAUUAGGUUUAUUAUAUGAGGAUGGAGCAUGGAUAUGGGAUCAUUCAAUAGAAGGUUUACGUUAUGAUAAAAAAGUACAAAAAACUGAAAAAGGUGAAGAAAAGGAUGUCAAGAAGGAAGUUGAUAAGUACAUACUAGCGUUCAAUGAUAACGUAGAUAGUAUAGAAAUGGCAAAAUUUAGACAUAAGUACCAAAGGCAUUGUAAACCAGGAAGACCAGAAGUCAUAACUAUUCAAGAUAUAAAAGAUGUUGCAAUUUUUACAGCAAAUCAGGCAAAAAUGACAUAUGAAUUUUUAAACUUUUUUCAUAUUCCAACAGUUGAUCGGUUCUUAAGAGCUCUCAUCGUAUAUUUUGAUUAUUACAUAAAAGUUUUUGAUCUGCUGACUUAUAGACGAGGAAGAAUGAACAGAAAAUUAAGAAAUCCUUCCAGUGUUGUGAUAGAAAAACUUAUCGCUGAUGAGUUAGGAGAUUAUCGGGCGAUGAUAGGACGAGAAUAUUGUAAUAUGAUUUUGGGAGCUGCAGAUUGCUAUCCUUACCAUCAUUUGUCAAACAAAAAUCGCACAUCUAUGACCAAAAAGGAUGCUCGACUUACUGAUUUACUACUGAGUAUGGCAAUGAGAGUUGUAUGGUUGACUAUGAAUCGGCAAAAUUAUAAUUUGAUAGAAGUUGAAAUUCAUAGAUUAUUUCGGACAGAGUUUUAUAAUGUAAUUGUACACCGUCAAAUAGAUCAUCAACAACCUUUGCCUCAAAUCGAGGAGUAUAUUCUUCACGGUCCUCCUCCUCCACAGAAAAAGUUACUCAGAAGAACUCCAGCAUGCGAGGAAAUUUUAAAACAACACGAUUUUCGAUUAAUAGGAGCCGGAGUUGUUAAAACUGAUAAUUUAUCUGAAAAACUUGUUCAAAUGCAAGCAGCUUAUUUACUGCCUGAGCACGAACUUAUUUCGCAUGGAUUUUCCUUUGGUAUUCUUGGUCGCCCCCGGUCUGAUUUUGAUCCCAUGUUGAUGGAAUUAUCAAAGGAAGAAAAGGAAGGAUCGUUGACAAAACUUCUAAAAGUAAUUGACACGCAAGAAUCUGAAUUGUCCAUAGUUGAAGACUCGAUCGAAGAAGAAAUAAGCAUGGAGUCUUUAACCAUUGAAAGUUCUUUGAGCUAUUUAAGCGGAUACGGAAAGAGCAUUGUUGUAGAAUUGGACCCUGAUAUCGAAGAAGAACACAAAGAAAAAUAUAUUGAAGAAGAGCAAUCUAAAACAACUUCUGAAUCUGUUUCUGAAGAAUAUGUUCCUGAAAUGCCACCGAUGCCUGUGGAUACUUCUAUUUGCAAAUUGGAUGCACCGUCUCAUUUAUUCUAUAUGCCUACUGAAGAUGAUAUGUUUUAUAGAAUUCCCAGUGAAUUUCCAAGUGCUGAUCACAUUGAGGAUGAAGAUCGCUCUGCAAAACAACAAUUGUUGAUUUGGUUGAAACGAAAGCGAGCAUUUGAGAAAGAAAAAUUGAAAAUAAAUCAAAUAUAG